UCAUAAAUAUUUUUAUUUCAAACGUUGAACGCUCAGUUUUUGGUUCAGUCCUUUUCUGCUCCGUUAGGUGCCGUGUUGUGUUUUGACACAUCGUCUGUCGAAUUAAUCAGCUGUUAUCUGAAUCAGAGUGCCUUGAAAAAUGCCGGGCUACAAACUCUACUACUUCAAUGUCCGAGGACGAGGAGAACUUUCUCGUUUGAUUUUGCACUGCGCCGGUGUUCCUUUCGAGGAUUUCCGUUUCGAGGGCAAGGAUUGGCCUGCAUUUAAAUCCCAAAUGCCGUUUGGACAAGUCCCUGUGUUGGAAGUAGAUGGAGAGAAAAUGUUGGCUCAGUCGCACACAAUUGCUCGCUACUUGGCCCGCCAACAUGGACUGGCUGGUCAAAACGACUGGGAACAGAGCCAGGCCGACAUGUAUGUUGACUGCAUCUAUGAUUUGCAUGGAGCAAUGAGGACACCAACAUGGGAAACAGAUCCUGUCAAGCAAAAGGAGCUUUUCGAUAAAGUCAACCAAGAUACAAUUCAACCACACUUGGAGAAGGUUGAGCAACACCUUGUCAAGAAUGGUAGCGGUCAUCUGGUGGGCCAAGGGUUAACUUGGGCUGACAUCGCAUACUAUGCUUAUUUCACGACUCCCAUCAUGACGCGCUUGGGAGGUGAAGUCCUUACCAAGGCGCCUCAUCUCAAGAAACUAAUCGAGACGGUCGGCCACAAUCCCAACAUUCAAAAAUACGUCGAGACCCGUCCUGUUACAUCUGGAUAAAUGCGCCAUAUCAGGCCUAUUUUUCCCAAAUUAUCACAUCCGCAUUAUUUCCUUACGUCAAUGUGAUACAUUUUAAGAUUACAAUAAAAAGGGUAGCCUA